GCACGCCACCGGCCGUGCUCCGCUACGGCCGUACUCCAGUAGAGACGUGCUCCGCCCCAGUCGUGCUAGGGGAGUGCUGAAAUACUGAAAUAACGCCGCUAUAGUGACUUGUGAGUGCGCUGUGAAGUGACAGUGAAAAAGUGUUCGUAACUCCACCCUUGCCAGUCGCGCUCAUCAAGUGGUCUUGGUAUCUGCGGUCUCCAUCCCGACAAGGCAAUUUGUCGUGUCUGUGAACCGCGCGACGGCCGCCGCUCUUCUUGAGACACCCUACCGGAAACUCCGUCUGGCGUGAUGUGAUUGAUGAGCGUCCCCGGCCGUCUCGUCUGCGGCGCCCCGCGGCGCCCCUCCUCCGGCGAGGCCCGAUCGGUGAGAUUGGCACCAAAGCUGCCGACGUGAGCGGCUUACGUCGAGUGUUUGCAGACCGUGUCGCCGCGGGCCGGUGUGUUUUGGUUCGGUUCGGACGAUCGGUUCUCGUCCAGGGUGACAGAGGACGUGAGGACAGGCGAUCGGUGCAGCGCGGAGAGGAGCGCAGAGACUAGCCAGAGCGGCGUGGUGGAGAGGUGUUUCGGGGAGCGGGGACGUUCGACCGGCAAUUGUUGAAAUGUGACUGUUCAGUGAGUGGAGCCCCUUCAGACGAAUAUCGGCCGGUAAUCGGUGAUCGAUAGCGGGACGUCAACCGCGCCGGAUGAUCGCUCCGAAUGACAGCCGCUGGUGAUUGGCUACGUUUAUUGCCCAUUACUAGUGAUAUAUCGGAGAGAAGUAGAUGUUCCGGGCUAACUUGCGUUCGCUGUGAACCGUAAAAUGUUCAGAGCUUCAUAAGUCUUUAAAUGUCACAGUGAGCGGUCAAUUAUCAAAACGGGAGCGAUGGCGAUUCACUUCAUGAGCUGGUGAACAAAGGACACAGAGAGCGCCUAUGGCACCAAUGGCCCUGUUGGAAGACUCGUUAGAGAUGCUGCUGGACGCCUUCCGCCAGUGCGCCGGUCUGAUGCUCGUGCUGGGCACGUUCACGCACCUCUGUCUGUGGCUGGUGGGCCGGCGAGUGGUGCGGCCGCGCCUCUACUUCAAGCCGUCAUCGCUGUCCCGGCACCUCCAGCGACACAUGUCUGCCCUGGAGCGGCCCUUCACCGUGCCCCGUCUGCUGAUCCCGCGUCACCUUCAGACCCUGCUCGGUCCGCUGGCGGUCGCUGCCGGGACUCCUUCCCCACCGCUGCUCUAUCGUCGUCAGUACCUGCAGCUGCGAGACCGGUGCAGCGUCCCACUCGACUGGGCCGAACCGCUGGGUGGCGGCACGGCUGACCCCGCCGCUCGGGUGCUGCUCGUGCUUCCCGAUCUGCUCCUGGACGACUCGCGACUGUACGCGCCCGUGUGUCGGCGUGCCUUGGCCGCUGGCUGCCUGCCUGUCGUGGUUAACUUCAGACAGCUGGUGAGGAACAACCUACCGGCCAGCCGGGUGGCAGCUCUGUACGACGUUACCGACCUGCGCUGGGUGGUGCGUUAUAUGCUCGCCGUCUGUCCUGGCCGAAGACUAGCCGCUGUUGGGUUCGGCAACGGCGGCAGCCUGCUGCUGGCCUACCUGGGAGAGCACGGCAUCUCCUGUCAGCUCGCCGCCGCCGCUGUCGUGUCACCUGCCUGGAGUUACGCGGCGCACCUCUUGGGGGACGCGUGCGCGCCGUACGCCGCGCUCACCACGCUCCGAGAGAAGUACCGGGUGUACCGACGAGCCACGGACUCUUCCACGGUCGUCGGAGGAGCUCCCGACUGCGAUGGAAGUUUCGCAGACUUCCACCGGCGCGUGCACGGAGAUGACGAGGAGCGACACAACCCCGUCAUCGACAUCGACGAGGUGUCGGUGCCGCUGCUUGCCGUUCACGCCGACGACGAUCCGGUGUACGGCGCUGCAGGCCUUCCUCUGCAGCUCUUCACCGCUUUCCCGCAUCUCUUCCUCCUGCGUGCGCCCCUCGGAGGACACUGCGGCUUCUACACGGGCAGCGGUGUCGGCGAGGCGGGUGGCAAGAACGGCAGGAGUGAGACUGCAGGGAGUGUAUCCUGGGCGGCAGACACAGCGGUGCAGUUCAUCGACUCCGUGUGCGGUUUCCUGGACGCAGAGGACGCGGGUGGAGCCGGAGGAAUCGUCCGCGCGGCGCGGAGAGUCGCCGCAAGAGUAGCGCGACGCUCGGCCGCUGCGGCUGCCCCGCGGGCGAAGAACCCCGGCCAUACGUCGGACGGCGGUGGUCAGAUCGUGGAGAGCACCAGACUCUCUGUGGAGGAUGCGAACCGUUCUCUAGAGAGCGAAAAUCGUUCUCAGGAACGCCCGACCUGUCCUCAGGUGGAUGCAAAUCGGUCUAAGGAACCCGCGAAACGUCCUGUAAAGUCAACAGGUGUAAGCGGUGCUUCUAAUGGCGUUGAGCUCAUUCCAAUAGGGGCAUCUACUUCAGCUAGCGGUACAGCUCAAUCCGUAGAAGAGACAUGUGUGGCGUUAGAAGGUGGUGAAAUGGAGCAAAGCAACAAGUCAGAAGGUUGCAAGACAGCAGAACCUACCGAAACAUCGGGUGACACUCAUGAAGAUGGUGUAAGUUGCGCUGCAGAUGGUUCCAAGCCUCUGAUGGAAGGCAAUGAAGUGGUUCUUAUGAACUCCAAACGUACAUGUGUGUCGUGCGGGAUUGCGCUUAGGCCGUCCUCAGCAAACGCUAAUGCUGACGAAAGAACUGAUCGUGGAGCUGACCAAGCAGUUGAUCAAAGUGACAGCACAACUACUGAAGGUGCAUCAGGUGUAAUGAGCUCAAAGGGGGAUCAAUGCGUUGAUAAUGUUGGACAGAAGAGUGACGCAACAGUGGAAGGAAAUGUUUUAUCCCACGAUAUUAUUUUACGGGACAUUAACUGCGAUCGCUCUAUAUCAGAUAGUAACAUCCGUAGUGCAAGCGAUGUCCAAUGUGGAGCUAUGUCAAACGGUGACUUGCUGGAGCCGUCCGGCACGGCGGAUUGUGCCAGCGCUAAUGGUGUUCCACCGCUGCAAUGUACAGAAAUACUCGAUCAAAAACUCAACUACAACGUGUCCUAGCAUUGAGAAUCAUCUGUGUGGGUCUCAAAGAGCUCUCUCGAAAGCUCUCAAAAGCUAUCAAGAGUUUGUGUGUGUCCUAGGGAUUAGGUAUGAUUAGAAUCGUUAGCUGCAGCUGAAAAGGACGAUUGCUUCCUUUGUGGUGAUGUUGAUGUUCCUGCAUAUCACAUGUUGAGUGAGAAUGUAUAUGUAUAGGCUUGCAAAUGUUCUAAAUGUUCUGUCUACUCAAAAGCUUGGCCAAGCGAUCCCGUGCGCAAAUGACCUGAUUGUUGAGAGCCGUAAAGUUACGGCUUCUAAAUGUUCUGUUAAAUGUUGACCAUAAGCUGAGCGUCACUGCACCCAAAUCAAAUGCUCAUAAACUUUUCAAAUAGAUCCUCUCUGAUCUUGCUUUAUUACAUUUCUGCAACAAAUUGCAACAAUUGUCAUUGUAGUGAUCCGUGAUAUACGAAAUUAUAUACCUAUAGAGCUUUUCCAUGGAGCUGUAACAACACUUUACAUAGUAUCUGAAAGCAUACCGACACGGACUUCAUUUUUUUUUCGGUAAAUCAAUGAUAAAAAUGAAAAGCGGUUGGGGACAGUGGCCAGUGACA